UUAUUCUGCUUCAAUUGCUGGAGAGAGAAUCUCAGUGAUUUUGCCCUGCAGUAGCUUUUUUUCUUGGGUGCAGGAGUUGCAGGUUUGACACAAUGAGAUUUUUAAUCUCAUUGUCUGUGUGUCUGAUGUUGUUGAUUUAUGAUGGAUUAACCAUUGGAGUGACAGAUGGAACAACCACUGGACAAACAUCAGUUGAAACAACUACUGAACCAACAACAGUUGAAACAACCACUGGCCACAAUACAGGUUCAUGUUCUCAGCCCUCAAUGCUCUGCUGUCCUGGACAAAAUAAUGCCUGCUAUCGAGGGUGUUUUUGUGAUGUGGCCUGUCUUACAUUGCGGGACUGCUGCAGUGACUACAUUCAGACAUGCACUUCAAUUAAUGGCACAUUGGCUCCUGUAUCAACAACUUCACAUCCAUAUUCACCACCAACACCACCAUCACCAAUGAUGACCUCUCAUUCAGGACUCACACCUGAAACACAAACAACAGAAGUUGAUCCCUGCCACAACUACAAUGUGUUGGAUGAUCUCUGGAGAUCCACCAGUAAUCAGGAUUUAUCUCAGAUAAUGUGUGACAUGAAUGUGAAUUGGAUGGGUUGGUAUCGUCUCAUCAUUCAGGGUGAGAGUGUUCAGAUGCCAGACACAUGUGUUCAAGAGUACAGAUGUGGUACUAAUUCACCACUGUGGUUAAGUGGUGGACAUCCAACGGUUGAAGAUGGAGUGGUUACAAGAGACGUUUGUGGUCACUGGAGCGGCGACUGCUGUUAUAUCCACUCCAAUCCCAUUAGAGUCAAAGCCUGUCCAAACAAUUAUUAUGUCUAUGAGUUUGUGAGACCAUCUGACUGCUUUUUGGCAUACUGUGCAGAUACUACAGGCAUUAUCACGCCUCCAACCCCAAUCACAGAAACUACAACAGUACCUACAAUUCUCAGCUAUGACCCAUGUUAUCAGUAUAACACUAUUGAUGACUAUUGGAGAGACAUACGGCUAAACCCAUACCAGGACUAUGGACAUGAUGACACUACUGUUGAGUGGAACGGCUGGUAUCGACUGUAUUUGAAUGGAGAAAGUGCUCAGAUGUCUGAAUGGUGUGUGACUUAUAUGGGAUGUGGUGGUGUAACUGGACUGUUUCUUAACGGUUCUCAUCCAAGAAUUGAGGAUGGCGUGGUGACCCGUGAGGUUGCUGGAAGCAGUUUGUGGUGGUAUUACUCCAGCCAGUGUGGUCAGUACAGCUCCAACUCCAUCCAAGUCAAAGCCUGUCCAGGAGAUUAUUAUGUCUAUGAACUCGUCACACCAGAUGUGUCAAUCUCCAGACCUUCAUACUGUGCAGUUGCUUUCAGCAGCAUCAUCAAUGAUCCCUGUUACAACUAUGAGUCUCUGGAUCGUCCCUGGAGAGCAACAACUGAAAAUGGAUUGUUUAUUUGUGAUGAAUCUUUAUCUUGGAAUGGCUGGUACAGACUUUAUCAUUAUGGGAUGAACAUCCAAAUGGCAGAGAGCUGUGUUAAUACACACAGCUGUAACUCAUACACAAGUCUGUCACUCAAUGGUCCUCAUCCUCAGAUAGAAGAUGGGGUGGUGACCCGUGAGGUCUGUGGGUCAAGUUAUUGGGGUUGCUGUGAUGUGAUGUCAAAACCCAUCAGAGUUAAAGCCUGUCCAGGAGAUUACUAUGUCUAUGAACUCGUGAAACCAAUAGACAUGUGCUCGGGAUACUGCACAGACAUCAGCACUGUAUCACAGACCAAUUUCACAACUCCAGCUGUGAUUCCUGGAUUCAGCAGCACAUUAAGUGAUCCAUGCUCAAGCUACAACAUACUGGACGACUACUGGAGAGACACACAGGAUUACUGGUAUUGGUAUGGAUGGAUAGCUGGACAUGAUGACACUCAUGUAAAAUGGGACGGCUGGUAUCGACUCUUCAUCAAUGGAUCGAGUGCUCAGAUGCCUGACUGGUGUGUUCCUUAUAUGACAUGUGGAGGUUAUACUUCUCUGUGGCUUGCUGGUUCUCAUCCUGGAGUAGAAGAUGGAGUUGUUACUCGUGAAGUCCAGGGCUCUUAUUAUGAUCAGUGCAGUCGUUUCACAUCAAACCCAAUCCAAGUCAAAGCUUGUCCUGGAGAUUAUUAUGUCUACAAAUUCACAAGACCUAAUGUAGCGAUCCCACUCCCUACAUAUUGUGCAGUUGUUUCCAGCACUCCAAGUGUUGACCCCUGUGACAACUACACCAGUCUGGAUGAACCCUGGAGAUCCACUGAUUAUUCUUACUAUAACUAUUACAACUACAACUAUGUCAUGUGUGAUUAUAAUGUCAAUUGGAACGGCUGGUACAGACUUUUCAUCAAUGGUCAGAGUACUCAGAUGUCAGAAUCAUGUGUCGGUCAGGGGAUGUGUGGCACUUAUUACCCACUGUUCCUCAAAGAUCCUCAUCCACAGCUGGAAGAUGGAGUGGUCACACGACAUGUCUGUAUGUCCACCGAGUAUGGCUGUUGUGAUUAUGAAACUCAUCCCAUACAAGUCAAAGCCUGUCCAGGAAACUAUUAUGUUUAUGAGUUUGUCAAACCAUUCGACUGCUCUGCUUACUGUGCAGAAAGUAACGGAGUGACAACAACAGCAACAACAACAACAACACAGACAACAAUAACAGCACAGACAACAACACAGACAGGCGAGACCUCAACCACACAAUCCUCUCCUACACCCAUCACAAACACUGAAGCUUGA